AUGGCGGAACAGCAGCAGCCGGAGCGCGGCGUCGACCUGGACCAGGAUCAGUUCUUCUGUUCAGUAUGUCUGGACCUGCUGAAGGAACCAGUCUCCAUUCCCUGUGGACACAGCUACUGCAAAGGCUGCAUCGAGGACUGCUGGGACCAGGAGGAGAAGAAGGGCCGGUACAGCUGUCCUCGGUGCAGGGAGACGUUCAGCACGAGGCCGGCGCUGAAGAGGAACACCAUGCUGGCUGAGGUUGUGGAGAAGCUGAAGAAGAGCAGCACCCAGCAGCCCUCCCCUUCUCUGGCCUUUGCCGGCCCAGAAGACGUCGCCUGUGAUUUCUGCUCUGGGACCAGACGAAACAAAGCCACGAUGUCUUGCCUGACGUGCUUGGCGUCCUACUGUCCGUCUCACCUCGAGCCUCACCACAGCGUUCCUGUGCUGAAGAAGCACCAGCUGGUCUCGGCUACUAUCCCGCUGCAGGAAAAGAUGUGUGAGAAGCACAACAAGCUGAUGGAGGUCUACUGCCGGACGGACAGGAAGUGCAUCUGCUAUCUGUGCGUUAUCGAUGAGCAUAAGGAGCACGAUACGGUGUCAUCUGCGUCAGAGAGGGCUGAGGAACAGAAACAGCUGAUUGUGAGUCAAAAGAAUGUCCAGCAGAGAUCCCAGGAGAGAGAGGAGGAGCUGAAUGAGCUGCUACAAGCUCUGGAGGAUUUCAAGAGUUCUACCCAGCCUGCAAUGAAGACCUGUGAUGAGAUCUUUGAUGAGAUGAUCUGCUCCAUCAAGCAAAGAUGCUCUUUGGCGAAGCAGCUGAUCAGCAGCCAGGAAGAGGCCGCGGUCGCUCUGGCUGAAGAGCUGCAGCUGAAGCUGGAGGAGGAGAUCAGCAAGAUGAAGAGGAAAGACGCCGAACUGGAAAAGCUGUCUCAAAAGGACGACCACAUCCAUUUCAUUCAGACCUUCCAGUCCCUCUCCACCUCCUCUGAAUCUCCAGACUUGCCGCCGGUUUGUGUUUUCUAUCCUCAACGGUCAACGUUCGGACCUGUGACUGACUGCGUGUCUAAACUGAGGGAUGACAUAGAGACACUCCUGGUGGACACAUGGCCCGGGAUCUCUGCCACCGUGUCGACUAUAGAUGUUGUGCCACCUGCGCCAAAGACCAGAGAGGAGUUUUUACGCUAUUGCUGUCCUCUAACCCUGGAUGAGAGCUCCAUCUCCCAAUAUUUGUCCAUUUCACAAGAAAACCGGCAGUUGACAAGUAGCUACUAUGUGGCAGUUAACAUUGGUGGUUAUAAUAGAGGUUAUAAUAGUUCUAACCCAUCCAAGCGGAUUAUCAUGCAGGCGUUGUGCAGUGAGGGUUUGUCAGAGCGGUGUUACUGGGAGGUCAGUUGGAGCGGUGCAACUUGGUCGGUCGCAGUGUCCUACAAAGACAGCAGCAGGACAAAAGACUUACAGUUUGGAAAUGAUGACAAGUCGUGGAGUUUAGUUUGCUCCGAAGACGGUUACUCUUUCCGACACAACCACGUAAACAAAACAGUGUCAGGCCCGCGAUCCUCCAGCGUCGGAGUGUACCUGGAUUAUAAAUUAGGGACUCUGUCCUUUUAUGACAUCUCCAGCGCGAUGACUCUGCUCCACAAGGAAAACAUUCAGUUCACUCAGCCCGUCUAUCCCGGGCUUGAGCUGGAUAAUAAUGGAUCUCAGUCCGAUCUCAGGGGACAUUUUGCAGAGCUGAUAAAGUUAUGGUGAUCACAUUUUUAUUAGGGAUGCCAAAUGUGUCACUGUUAAACAGACAGUAGUUGGCCGUCCAAUAUACACCAUAUGAUAAAUGAGAGGAUGUGAUUUUAGAAGAGUGUGCUCUAAUUUUGAGGUCCUUCUAAUUCCUUUUUCAUGCCAAUUUUCCUCUCUAGCUUUUUUAGCGCCAACAAGAAAUUCUGCAAGAAAUACUGGCUACUAUUAUGACGAGAAUUUGUCAAACUUUACUUUUACUGAACUUUUCACUUAUGCAACCUUAAACUAGUAUUUUGAGUAACAAAAGCCAAUAAAGGUAUUUUCAUCAUUGCAAAAACAGUUCAAACAGGUAAAAGGUGGAGUGGUGUUCAUGUUUUGUGAAAUGGUUUGGAUUUUUGGCGGCUCACUUUUGCGAACCCAAGUUGAAACAAACUCAUUCCUAGUUGGGGGUCUUCAGAUGUUUGUAUGUGUUGCAGAGUGUUAUGGCCCUCAGUGGUCAUUUAUUGUACUUAAUGUUACCUUUUUGCGUUCACAGACUUUUUGUAAUACUCAUUUGCAUAACUGCUUACUGUCAGGAAACAGCUUGUUGUUAUUUACUUUGUACCACAUUAACCUUGCAACAGUUCUAUUUGUUUAAGCGUAUUUAGGGUCUAUUAUAUCACCUUUUUUUUUUUACUACGAGUUAGGUCAUGAGGAGCGGACAUGCGAUUCACAUAUAUGCAGAAAAGUAUGUUUUGGAUCAUUUGAUUAUUUUGAAUAGUUAAUAAGUAAAUGCAUAAGCACAAGCCAUUGUUUCUGAUUGUCAUUUGUCUCCUGGCAACAAAUUAACAGGCAGACGAGUGUAAACAGCUUUCUUUUCAAAUCAAAUGUAAUCUUUGCAGCGUAGUGGCUUCAACAAUGUGACAUAUUUUGCUGUGUGGAGAUUCUUGCUGUGUCUGACAAUAUUUAAUUAUUCAGAACUAUGCAAAAAAUAAAUAAAAA